AGCAGCACCUGGCACUGCGAGAGCGAGCGUGCAGUGAGUAGAUAGACUAGACCAACGACGACGGCAGGCAUGGCGAUGGCGAUGGCGAUGGCGAUGAGGAAGGAGGCAGCGGUGGCCGUGAUGAUGGUGAUGGUGGUGACGCUGGCGGCGGGUGCGGACGCGGGAGCGGCGUGCGAGCCGGCGCAGCUGGCGGUGUGCGCGUCGGCGAUCCUGGGCGGGACGAAGCCGAGCGGCGAGUGCUGCGGGAACCUGCGGGCACAGCAGGGGUGCUUGUGCCAGUACGUCAAGGACCCCAACUACGGGCACUACGUGAGCAGCCCACACGCGCGCGACACCCUCAACUUGUGCGGCAUACCCGUACCGCACUGCUAGCCGCCUAGCCGAUCGAGGGCUCCAGGCACGCAUGCAUGUUCCUGUUAUGUGGAUGUUGGAAUAAAAUGCUGGUGAUCUAUGGCGGCUAGCUUGCUUCCUGGCUAGCAGCUGCUGUAAUGAAA